GGAAGCAAAGAACUAAUAGAGAGCCUUGACCUACCAGGGAGAUUUCUGUUUGCAAUCUUGACUCUGAUGACGCUAGUUGCCAAUCUGGUGUUCAUAGAGGAAGCAGUCUACAUCUACAGGAAAAUCCCCUCCUCCAAAAGAUCAAUCCUAAUUUGGAUUAAUGCUGCAGCUCCAGUGAUCGCUACUACUUCAUGCAUUGGCAUGUGGAUUCCUCGCUCAACGAUGUUUACAGAUUUCACAGCAGCAGCAUUUUUUGCCAUAGUUAUCCACAAGUUCCUGAUGAUGAUGAUUAAAGAGUGCGGAGGUCAAAAGCUGCUCCUCAGUCGGUUUGAAAAUGGUCACUUCAAGAUCAGCACUGGCCCCUGCUGCUGCUGCUGCCUUUGCCUCCCUCGUGUGCGCAUCACUAGGAGAACCCUCUUUUGGCUGAAGCUGGGCACCUUUCAGUUUGCUUUCCUUCGGCCCGUGUUCAUGUUUUUAUCAAUAGUGCUUUGGACUAAUGGCAAUUACACCCUUUAUAAUUUAUCUCCCAAAGGAGCUGCAACAUGGAUUAGCUGCCUCGUUGGUGUCCUCACCCUUAUUGCUCUGUGGCCAGUUGGAAUCAUGUUUCAACAAGUAAGGACUCUCCUUAUCUGUAAGAAGAUCACCCCAAAGUUUGCUCUUUAUCAGUUUAUCCUCAUUCUGAACCACUUGCAGGCAGCUAUUAUCAACAUCUUGGCCAUGCAAAGAAUUAUUCCCUGUGCUCCACCACUCUCCUCUUCAGCAAGAGGAGCAUAUAUGACCCAGCAGCUCCUCAUCAUGGAAAUGUUUCUGAUAACCCUAAUCUCAAGGGUGGUCUAUCGGAGAAGAUACGAUGACCUAGAGCCUCCGGAGUAUACAGCUGAAGAAGCUAGGGACAACAAAGAGACUCCUAAGAUGUUCCAGAAUGGUGCAGUUAGUGAAGAUGGAUUGCCAAGGGUUUAG